AAAUAUCUGUUUUUACUUUUCCUUAUUUUGAAAUUCCGGCUUCACUGUAUGCGCCACGCUUACGUCGGGCUCAAUACUACAUUCAGGAACUCAUUCGCCCUUCUACGCCUCCGGUUCUAUUUGUAAAUCAUGGUGGAUUUCAUGGUCAGCGUUUAAUGGCGCGCGGGGGAUAAGCUCGAACCUAUUUAGCCUUAUAUGUGAAGGCAUUUGAACCUAGUUGAUAUUGAAGGGAUGGCCAGAAAGCGUGGUGCUGGGGUUACAACAAAUGAGACACAAGAAAAUUCCUCUCAGGGGGGAAGAGUAUUGCAAAAGGAACGCAUCAACCCUUCUAUGGAAGGACAAGAAAAACUGGGAUUCAAUGGUCAAAGUCAGACUACUGUACAGCGACGUAUAUUAAGAUCUCAUUAUCAUGCCCUCAAAACUUCAAUUGCUGAACAGAAAGAAGACAUAUUGAAAACAGAUUCAAGCAAAUUUGACUCUAUAUUUAACAAGGUUGAAAGCUUGCAUAAUCUUGUGCAGAAGCCUCGUGAACAAGUGGCAGAUGCUGAGACUCUCUUUGAUAUCACAGCGACGCUCUUUGCAACUGUCAAGAGGUCACAAAAUAGUGAUGGUGUAACUCCAGUUGAUUUUAUUAGUUCUCUUCUGACGAAUUAUGCUGGCCAAACCCAUGAUGGCGAGGCUCUGGAGAGAAACGAUCAUAUUCUUAUACCUUGGGAAAAACUUGGGUGUUUAGCAUCAUCUGCUUUUCGUGAUGCAUCGGGUGCUUGUACCAUGCUUGGUCCUAUGGAUAGUGAACCUAAGCAGAGGAGAGCAGUUGUACAAAGAAAGCAUACUAAGCCUACCGAGAGGACUCGACCUGAAGCAGUAAAAGAGUCUGAGGAAGAAAAAUCAGAAACAGACACGAAUAUGACAACAAUGUUCAACAUAUUGCGAAAGCAAAAGAGUGCUAGAUUGGAACGCUUGGUUUUGAACAGAGUAUCAUUUUCACAAACUGUUGAAAAUAUAUUUGCACUUUCAUUUCUAGUUAAAGAUGGCAGAGUUGAAAUAAAAUUGGACGACAAAGGCAACCAUUUUGUUGAGCCUAAAAAUGCACCCACAUCCAAAGAAAUUCAAACUGGGGAAGUGGCUUACAGUCAGUUUGUUUUUCGGUUUGAUUUCAGAGAUUGGAAGUUGAUGAUGGACGCUGUAGAGGGUGGUGCAGAACUGAUGCCUCAUAGAACCAAUUCAGAUAAAGUUGUUGAUUCUGAAAAGGCUGUGGAAACUCCUAUUAGAAAGUUAUCAAGAAAUAGAGGAAGGGUGUUAGUUGGAACUGAGCAUGCUGAUGAAUGUGCUAAUGACAAGGAUGGUGAAAAUCAUGAAAGGCCAGCACAGAAGAGGAGGAAUAGGUGCCUUCUAUGAUAUAGGACUUCGUAUAAUUAACAUCUACGUUUCUAUUAUUGCACAUGAUUCCUUGAGAGUCAAGAAUUUAAUUUAAACAAGUUGCUUGCGAACAUCUUCAUCUUUGCAUAUUUUGUACAAGUUAGAACAUGUGAAUUUCAUCCAUUCAGUAUAUCAGUGUCCAUGGUUCUAAGUCUUGUACGCAGUUUGGUCAUGUAAAGUUGACCCACUUAAGCAAGGUGAAAUUUGAUCUGUAAGAUGAUGAGCAACCACAUUGUUACACCAUUGUAACUUUUUCAAACGAACUUCCUUUAAAAAGGUGAAUCUUGAAUAAAUGGAAUAUGAGACAACAUAAAACAGCACAGCUGGUUACUUUUUAA